AUGAAUUGCACGUCAGUGCUGCGCAAGCUUCCCAGCUGGCAAGCUGGGCUGUUUCCGCCGGAGUAUCUUGGUCGGGCUAUGAGCGUCUACACCUGGUCACUCGGUGCCGGCACCGUCUUUGGUCCCCUCUUCGCUGGCUACAUGAUUGAAAGGCUCGGUAGCUGGCGUUCUCCGCAGUAUCUUUUCGGCAUCAUUUCAGUACUCAAUAUGGUCGGCACAAUCCUCAUGUUCCCCGAGCCCAUCAUGAACAUAUGCAUCCGAGGGGAACCGCCUCUGUUCUCUGCCCCAGACUCGAGCUGCGGAGACGAAGCCCCGGUAAUCUCUAAGAAAGGACGGGAGACAAUCGGUAUGGAGAAUCUAGGCCGCGGACGGUCUGUGCAAGAUGAACAGCACGAGUUUGCUGCGCCGCAAAUCCAUCCAGCGACUUGGAUAAAUCUCUGGACGACGCGGUCCUUCUUUUUGCGUUUUACGCACCACCAUUCGGUCAGCGGCUGGCUGUCCAUGACCAUGGCACCAUACCGCAUGCUAGCUGUGCCUGCUGUGGUGCUCACCGUCUUGCUUUUUGGUGUGUCCAUCUCCACCAACAUAGCAACCUCCAUCCUCGUUUCUUUGGUAUUCUCACAGCCCCCUAUGUUGUGGUCCACUGAUAUUGUCGGACUGUUCAACCUGUUUGUGCUCGGAGGUCUCUGCGCAGGCAUUCUCAUUGGCGGCCUGCUGUCCGACAAGAUGAUCGCCUCAUUCACUCGGCGCAUGGGGUACCACAAGCCCGAAUCGGCGUUGCCACUGCUGCUACCGCUUGGCAUCGUCAUCCCGUUGUCUACUGUACUGAUCGGGUACGGAUUGGCAGAUGGAUGGCACUGGGCCGCCAUAGGCGUGCUACAGUGUCUUCAAUGUGAACAUGACAUCCGGGUGUACUAUCAUGAUAUCCCGGGCAUCUCAUUCGCUGUUGUGGAUUGGUGGACGAAGGACGGCUGGUACAUGUUCCAUGCACUGGCUCUUGUCAAAUUCCUCAUUUUUGUCUUGGUGGCGCCCCUGUGGAUUUGGGGCCCCAAGAUUGCUCAUGUGACGAGAUCUUGGAGGUGGCUUCAAGGACAUAACGUAAACUGA